CUUUGAAGCGAAGAAGCGAAGAAGAAGAGAAAGGAAAGAGAAAGGAUGAAAUAAAUCAUACAAUCCAUUUAAAGGAAAUUCGAUACAUAAUAGUCCUAACUCUCUUCAUUCACGCACACCUCUCUCUCUCUCUCUCUAAUCCACCAUGCUCCUCCUCAGUCAUCUCCUAGCAGCUCUAGGGCUUCUGAUACUCCUUGUUUGCCUGUGGAGGGCAUCCAACAAGCCCAAGAUUGCCAAUUUACCCCCGGAGCUCCCGGGGGCAUGGCCGAUCAUAGGCCACCUCCACUUGCUUCGUGGCGAGACCCCACUGGCCAAGACCCUGGCCGCCAUGGCCGACGCGCAAGGCCCGAUGUUCCUGAUCCGGCUCGGAGUCCACCCAACGGUCGUCAUAAGCAGCCAAGAGGCGGUCCGGGAGUGCUUCACCACCCACGACAAGGAACUCGCUUCUCGUACCAAAUCCAAGGCGGGAGUCCACUUGGGCUACGGGAACGCCGCUUUUGCCUUCGCGGAAUACGGGGACUUUUGGCGCGAGAUGAGGAAGAUCACCAUGCUUGAGCUCCUGAGCACUCGGAGGCUUGACGACCUAAAGCACGUUCAAGCAUCAGAAAUCGAUACCUUCAUCAAGGACCUGCACACUCUCUGCAGGACCAACACUGACAACGCCCAAAAUGGGUCCUCCAAGGUGGUGAUCAUAAGCGAAAUGCUCGAGCUCCUGACCUUGAACAUCAUAACCAGAAUGAUCGCGAGCAAGAGAUACUUUGGACUAUCGUCGGCAUCAACCGGGUCCUCCUCCGAUGACGGCGAGGCGAGUCACCUGAGGAAAGUGAUCAAGGACCUUAUGUACAUUUCUGGGUUUCCUGCGGUUUCGGACCUGGUGCCCUUCAUGGGAUGGACCGACUGCUUGGGGACCGUGAAGACCAUGAAGAGGGUGGCGAGAGAACUGGACGUGAUCAUUGGGAAAUGGGUCGAAGAACACAAGCUGAAGAGAGGAGAAGCGAUCGAUAUGAAGGAGGAUUUCAUAGACGUGCUGCUGUCUGCGAUGGGGAAGGAUGGUUUCGCCUUGUUUGGUUACUCUCCCGAUACGCUCGUCAAGGCAACAGUAAUGAACAUUAUAGCAGCCGCAUCGGACACAACGUCUCUGGCCUUGACGUGGAUUCUGUCUCUAUUGCUCAACAACAAGCAUGUCUUGAAAAGAGCUCAAGAAGAGGUGGACCUCAAAGUGGGCAAGGGCGAGUGGGCACAAGACUCCAACAUCGAGAGCUUGCCUUACCUCCAAGCCAUCGUCAUGGAAAGCCUACGCUUAUAUCCACCAGCUCCCGUGUUGGUUCCACAUGAAGCGAGAGAGGAUUGCACCGUAAGUGGGUAUCUCAUUCCGAAAGGUACUUGGAUAUUCAUCAACGCUUGGAAGCUGCACAAAGACCCUCAAGUCUGGUCCAAUCCAGAAAAAUUCUCACCCGAAAGGUUCUUGACGAGCCAUUCAGGCGUGGAUGCUUUGGGUCAGCAUUUUGAGUUCGUUCCAUUUGGGUCGGGUAGAAGGUCAUGCCCGGGAGCGUCGUUUGCAUUGCGGGUGAUCCACUUGACGCUGGCUCGUCUUCUUCAAGGAUUUGACUUGGCAACACCGUCGGACAAACCGGUGGACAUGACCGAAGGCUUAGGAGUCAACUUGCCCAAGGCCACUCCUCUUGAAGUUGUUCUCACCCCAAGGUUGCCUUCCAAGCUGUACGAGCAAUUGAUGCGAAAUUAGAAACUAUAUUCGGUCAGGAAGAGAAAAAUGGUCUACGCAUAUGAGUAAUUUCUGUUCAUAACAUAAUUACUUGUGAAGAGGGAAAAGUGCUAAAAAAGUCCUAAACCUUUUUUUGAUGCCGAUUUAGUCCUAAACCUUUUUACGUUAUGCCAAUUAAGUCCUUUCCGGCCAAUU